AUGGCUUCUAACUCGGCUGCUCUCGAGAAGCCGACUGGCGAGUACCGCCAAUACCUGCCAGACUUGAACCUCAAGCGCUUCCAGGUUAUGUGCACGCAGGACGCGCACGAGUAUGCUGAUGACUUUAAGACAAACAAGCAGCCUCCUUGGUUGCAUGCGCUUUACAUGCAUUGGCUGGAUCUGCUGCAUGAGCCCUUCAAGGGUGUUACAACCGAUGGUCACGUCCGACCCGAUCUUUUCACAUUGCAAGAUGAAGAUGUUCCCAUCCAACAGAUCGUCGACACAACACAGACCUUCCUCGGCCUGUUAGACGAUAAGCAAAAGGAAGCUGUGAGCUAUCACAUCGACUCCCCACAGUGGCGCACAUGGUCCAACCCCGAGUUUCUCCUCGCACACAAGGGUGUCCGCCUCGACGAGGUCACCGAGAAUGUGCGCGACGCCGUUAUGAACAUCCUGAAGGCGACCCUCUCACCCGAGGGUUACGAGAAGGCCGUCGCAGCCAUGCGCAUCAACCACUUCCUCGGGGAAUUGGUCAAGUCUCCCCGCGUGAUGAACGAGUUCUCCUACAACUUCGUCCUCUUCGGUCGUCCCUCCGCUACCCGACCCUGGGGUUGGUCCUUCUACGGUCACCACCUGUGUCUGAACGUCUUCCUGUACAAGGGCCAGAUCAUCGCCUCGCCCUGGUUCACCGGUGCCGAGCCCAACGAGAUCGAUGAGGGUCCUUAUGCCGGAACUCGCAUUAUGCAGGUUGAGGAGAAGCUCGGAUUGGAGCUUAUGCAGUCACUGUCUGCGGAACUGCAGUCCAAGGCUCGUGUCUUCGAGCUUAUGAAUGAUCCCGCCAUGCCUCCUGGUCGCUGGAACAAGGAUGACCAGCGCCACGUCUGCGGUGCCUACCGGGAUAACCGUGAGGUUCCAUACGAGGGUAUCCUCGCGUCGACCUUUAGCGAGGAGCAGAAGAAGCUCAUGUACGGAAUUCUGGAGCAGUACCUCCUCUACCUGCCUGCUAAGUCGCGGGCACUGAAGCUGGAGCAAGUUCGUCGCUGGGAGGCGGAGACUUACUUCUGCUGGAUUGGUGGAUACGGUGAUGAGGAUCCUUUCUACUACCGCAUUCAGAGCCCUGUUAUCCUUGUUGAGUUCGAUCACCACUCCGGUGUGUUCUUGAACAACGAGGAGCCCAAGAAGUUCCACAUUCAUACUUUGCUGCGCACUCCUAACGCCGGUGACUACGGUCAUGCGCUGCGAGCACAGAUUCCCGGUAUUGAGGGAAUCAAUGGAAAGCAUAUUGUGUGGUAG